ACGAUCGAUCUCAGCUGGGAAGAAAGCGCAGAGAGGUGAGCCUGGCAGACGGCGGACAAAACCCAGCCCGCGGCUUCCCUCCUCCUCCACCACGUGGAGAUGAGAGGUAACCUCGGGCGGCUGGACCUGACCAUCGGGGAGGGGGUGAAUCCUAUCUUCCUAGUGGAAAGAAGAGGAAAGCUCCUUCCCUUCCCCGGGCGCCCUCCCCUACACGAGAAAGGAAAGAGUCCCGAUCCUCCAAACCGAGCAAGUAUGCCAUUGCCGCCCGUCCCAGUGCCUCCGACCCGGCUUUCGGUGGCGAGACCAGCACUCCUGUUUCCCAGCAGAGACGGGUUUGGGUUGUCCAUAUCACGAUACACUUCCACAAAAUCGAAUAAAAAUCGGGACAUCUCAGCGAUCUGCAAGCGCACACAGAUGCCGCCGCCGCCGCCCCUUCCCCAUGCUCCAUCUCUACUACAGUGUGCUCUACUCGGUCGGACUCGGGCAGUGCCCUCCGGCGUUGAGCACCUUAGCCAGAUGGAUCUGCUAGGGAAGCUCCGCCCCUGGACCGCUUGGGGUGGGGGGUGGGUGCAAAGCAUAAAGGUGGCUGCAGUGGCGGAGUGGCCGACCCCUGCCGGCAGUGCGCAGUUGGGCAGGCAUGUGCAAUACGACAUCUAAUACCUGCUGCCGCCAACUCAAGAUGCUCCGACAGGCGCCUUUUAAUUCUGCCAGAUUCCUCGGGCAUUAGUUGUCCAUUUAGCUUAUCCAGGGUGCCACUCGGACCAACAAACGUAGCAGGCUAAUCUUCCGGAGAUCCCACUGCCAGCACUUUCGAACAGCACUUUACCAGCACUCUGCCCCGAUGGGCUUGGAGGUGAUGAGGUUGGGGUAUCCUUGGGGGCUCCUUUUGGGACUUCUCCUUCUCCCUGCCGUAGCAGGAACUGAAGAAAGCUCGCCAGAGCAUGGCAGUCAGGGUUUCCAGAUCGUCACUUUCAAAUGGCAUCAUGUCCAGACACCUUAUAUCAUCGUCCUUUGGAUCUUCGUGGCCAGUCUGGCCAAGAUUUUUUUCCACCUGUCCCAUAAAGUCACCACUGUUGUUCCAGAGAGUGUUCUGCUCAUCGUCCUCGGAAUCUGCCUGGGCGGCAUUGUGUAUGCAGCAGAUCAUAUUGCAUCCUUCACCCUUACGCCAGAUGUUUUUUUCUUCUACCUGCUGCCGCCCAUUGUCUUAGAUGCAGGAUACUUCAUGCCAAACCGACUCUUCUUUGGCAACCUGGGCACAAUCCUCCUAUAUGCUGUCAUUGGUACCAUCUGGAAUGCUGCCACAACAGGCCUUUCACUCUACGCAGUCUAUAUCUCUGGAGUAAUGGGUGAGCUUCAAAGCGGGUGGCUGGAUUUUCUCUUGUUUGGCAGUCUGAUAGCUGCAGUGGAUCCUGUUGCAGUGCUGGCUGUAUUUGAAGAAGUCCAUGUCAAUGAUGUUCUCUUUAUCAUUGUCUUUGGAGAGUCGUUGCUCAAUGAUGCUGUAACUGUGGUGCUGUACAAUGUAUUUGAAUCCUUUGUUUCAAUAGGAGCUGAAAAUGUGACUGGUGUGGACUGGGUCAAAGGCAUAGUGUCUUUCUUUGUGGUAAGCGUAGGGGGUACUUUAAUUGGUGUCAUCUUCGCAUUCCUGCUUUCGCUCAUAACACGUUUCACAAAGCAUGUCAGAAUAAUUGAACCUGGAUUUGUGUUUGUCGUGUCCUACCUGUCUUAUUUGACAGCUGAGAUGCUGUCACUGUCUGCCAUCCUUGCAAUAACUUUCUGCGGUAUUUGCUGUCAGAAAUAUGUCAAGGCAAAUAUUUCAGAGCAGUCUGCUACCACUGUGAGAUACACUAUGAAGAUGUUGGCUAGUGGUGCAGAGACUAUUAUUUUCAUGUUCCUGGGAAUUUCAGCUGUUAAUCCUGAAAUCUGGACUUGGAACACACCUUUCAUACUCUUAACAUUGGUCUUCAUCUCUGUCUACAGAGUAAUUGGUGUAGUUCUACAGACAUGGGUUCUAAACCGCUACCGAAUGGUCCAGUUAGGAAUAAUAGAUCAAGUGGUGAUGUCAUAUGGUGGUCUCCGUGGUGCUGUUGCCUUUGCUUUGGUGGUAACUUUGAAUAGUGACACAGUCGGAGACAGAAAACUGUUUGUCAGCACAACUAUCAUUGUUGUAUUUUUUACUGUCAUAAUCCAGGGUUUGACGAUCAAGCCUUUGGUGCAGUGGUUGAAAGUGAAGAGAAGUGAGCACCGAGAGCCCAAGCUCAAUGAGAAGCUCCAUGGCAGGGCCUUUGACCACAUUCUUUUAGCUAUUGAAGAUAUAUCUGGUCAAAUAGGACACAAUUACCUGAGAGACAAGUGGUCUAAUUUUGACAGACAAAUCCUCAGCAAAGUAUUGAUGAGAAGAUCUGCUCAGGAAACUAGAGACCGGAUUGUUAAAGUUUUCCGUGAGCUCAACUUGAAGGAUGCCAUUAGCUAUGUGGCUGAGGGAGAGCGAAGAGGUUCUCUGGCAUUUAUCCGCUCUCCAAGUAUUGACAACACGGCCAAUGUGGACUUCAGCAUUAUUAAUCAAAUGAAUGGAGAGGCCUCUGUCUCCCAAUUGUUGAGAGAAACUGCCAGUUCUGUGUGUCUUGAUAUGCAGGCUCUAGAGCAGAGAAGAAAAAGCAUCCGAGAUGCAGAGGAUAUGUUCACCCACCAUACUCUGCAGCAGUAUCUGUACAAACCCAGGCAAGAGCACAAGCAUCUGUACAGUCGCCAUGAAAUAACUACAAGUGAAGAUGAUAAGCAAAACAAGGAGAUUUUCCACAGAACCAUGAGAAGACGCCUGCAGUCAUUCAAGAGCACCAAACUUUGCUUGAAGCGUUCUAAGAAGAUGAACAAAAUUCAUAAGAGAGACCGGGGCCAACAAAGAAGAAACAGUAAUGCCAUACCAAAUGGAAAUCUAUCUACGGAAGCCAUAAUAAAGGAAAAAGAAAUUGAGUUUUCUGAACCCGAAGAGAAUGAUUAUGACCAUCUACAGACAGGGAGAGCAAUGGACUUCCUAGCUAAUGUCACCAAGCAGAAUUUCACAGAUACAUGUGGCAUUGAUAAUCCAGUAUUUUCAGCUGAUGUUGAGCAAAAUGCCACAAUGAGGUUUCCACCUUGGCUAUCCAAUGAAGAGAUGGUGGUGCCAUCCCAAAGAGCCAGAGUGCAGAUACCCUAUUCUCCAAACAACUUUCAACGGCUUGCACUCUUUCGACUCAGCAGUAGAUCCGAAGAUUCCUUUUUGCAAGCAGAGGGUCCCGAAGAACGACCUAGAACUUUGCUCCCAGAAUCAACACACAUGUAACACAAGCCUUGGUGCUAUGCUCUCAGGUUAUUCUAAUGAAAUGCUCCCUCGUUGGGAAUAUGAACAAAUAAAACCUGAUGCUUCUUUAUCAAACAAGCAUCUCGAUUUGGUUCCAGUGUGCCUUCAAGGGACUUGGCAAUAGGACUACGCACCUCUGGAAGACAGGGACAAUAGAACACUACUCUGAGUACUUGACUCCUCUUCAUCAGGAGCUGCCUGACCUCCACAGGCAGCUAGUCUUGAAUACAUAAGUGAUCAAGCACAUUUAAAUACAAGUUACUGUACUGAUACUAGUUAUGAGCCAGUGAAUUCACAGCUUGACCAUUCCAUUCAUGAGCCUGGUGGGCUAGAGGAAUCUGAAUACCCAGGAGAAGAAAUGGCUGCUUCAUGCACAAGCUAACAAUAAAUCAUCAUCAGCAAGACGAGUGCAGAGUCAACACUUUCCGCAGGCCACAAAACCUGUGCAGCAUCCUAAACUUAAAAAGUUAGCAUUUCUUCUGGCAUCUUUUCACAUCCCUCCACCCCGCUAGGAACAAGGAGAAACUCAUCUGUGAGUCUUCACUUGAGUCAGGGUAACAAAUGAGGGUGAAUGAAAAUUGUAUAUACUCUGUUUGUGUGUAUGCGUGUGUGUAAUGAACAUUUAAAUGCUGCAAAAUUUUGUGGAAUACUUCCUUAGAAAUACUGAACUCUGCAUUCAGGUGGUUUUGUUUCAUACUGAAGGAAUCCAAGUUCAAGAAAAAUAAUGUUCUGUGCUUCCUUUUUUAAAAAAAGUCUUUAUUUUUAGAAGUUUAUGUUACAAAGAUUUUCAAAAUAAAAAGUGAAGCUGUUUGCAGGACCAGCACCAAGCUAGGGUAAUGGGCAUCCAUACAUAAAACCUAAACCUAGAAGGUGUGGUUUCCAUGUCAGGGGACUGGAAGCUGCAAAUGCACUCUUUGCUGACCAGGCCUGGCCAAUCCAGAGGCUUCAUACUGCCUGCAAAUGGACCAGCUAAAAUGGACUACAUGGCCAGUAUUUCCACACAGAGUGUUCACAGUAGUUGCUAAACUAUAUCCUAGCCUCAGACCCUGUGGUUCCUGGUUCAAGCCCUGGAAUCCUUGACAGUUUAAAAUGUUUUUAUUAUGCCAUAUUUCCAAAGUAAGCACUAAGACUGCUAUCCUAUACACACUUACGUGGGAGUAAGUCCCACUGAAUUCAUUGGGGCUUACUUCUGGGUAUACAUGUACAGCAUUGCACUGUAAGGAAAUCUGCAGAAAUCUAUCUGUGAAAUCUGUGAAAUGGAGUAAUGGCUAUCAGCUGAAAGCUUAAAGGAGAUAUAUUUUCUUACUGUCAAGUAUUGUAAUUGUGAGUAAUUAAAACUGGGUUUUUUAAUUCUUUACUUGUUUUCUGCUAUCAGUAUUGCAGGGAAUUAAGGAAUGGCUUGUUUUAUGUGUCAGUGGGGUUUUCAAUUUUUUUUGCACAGGGUCCCAGUUGUCUCAUCUUCUAUUUUAAUUAAAUUGAUCUACUUAAUAUAAUCUCAUUCCACAAAAAAAUGCUCACAAGUGGUGUUACUGAACUAGAGCACCAAUAAAACUAAGUUAUUUUUUUACACAGUUUCCCCCUCAAAUACCAUUAUCUUCUGCAUUUGACUGUUCAUUUUAAGUGCCAUGAUCUCAGGUCACUUAUGCUUCAUAGUAUUGUAAGUUGACAAUUUGGAUAACGUGUGUUAAGAAUGAGGGCUUGAUUUUCACCUUGAUGCUAAACAGACUAUGAUUUAGGGCCAGCUAAAACAAUUACAACACAGUCCUAUGCGUGUUUACUAAAAAAAACUCUCAUUGACUUCAGUGGUGUUUAGUACCAGGUUAAGAGGGCAUAACAUUGCAGCCUAAUUAAUUGAAAUGUGCCUACAGUGGCUUAAUGGCUUUUUAAAAGUAAUGUAAAAAUGGGUGCCUGUGUUGUGUUUUAAAACUGCCAUUAUUUUAUAACCUUCUUGUACAUGAUCUUGGCAGAAACACUGUAUUUCCUCAUUACAAAGAACAUUCUCCAUUUUUGUAAGAGUAUAGAUAGGUCAACCACAUUUCAGAACAAGUCUGGAACUUGUGCCUUGUGGCUACAUUUAGAAACUGGAGAAACUGUUGUGGACAGCACACACAUCACAACCACACAUAAUUACACUCUCCGCCUCCGCCAGCAGUUAGGCUUGAGAAAGGUGUUAACCCUUCCUCCUCAGCUACAAUCUCCAUGAUGGGCCAACCAGUCCACACACCACCAUUAAAUGUAGCAGGAGAGGGGUGACUUUUUUGGGGAGAUACUCACAGUUGUGGAAGGAAAGGGGUAGUAACCCUUCCUUCUCCAGCUAUGACCUCCUUUGUUUUAGGGAGGUAGUCCUCUGUAGUAAUUAGGUCUCAAAGAAGCAUUCUAUUAUUGCCAAUAGAAGGCUUCAGAGAUGCCUUAUUGUGGUGAGGGUGUUUUUGGCAUGGGGAGUCACACAUGGGGAGAUGAGGGGUCAUCCUCUCCUCCUCAAAUGUGACUGAGAAGGGGAGAAGUAAUGUCUCCCUCUCCAGCUGUAACACACUGAAAAUUGCCUUCCCCCAGCAAUUAGGCUUGAAAAAAGGCUUCUUUCAACCGUAAUUUCAGGGGCAGAAGAAGAGGAGAUCCUGUUGGUGCUACAUUGGCUAACGCCGGCCUUACAUUAUGAUUUUUAUUCCUGGGGAAAAUGUAUAUAAAUUGAUUUGCAAACGAAGUCAUUUUUUGUAUCCUUUUGUAAGCAUAAAGUAAAAGGUUAUGGCAAAAAUGAAACUACUACUUAAAUAAGAAUUGAGGGGUUUUUUUUGUUUUGCUUUAUCUUCCUUAUGGAUGACUAGCUUAUUUUUCCUUUCUAGUUAAAUACAUAUGUCCCAUUCAUUUCAGUUGACAAAAUCUAACUGCAUGCUUAACUCUCCCAGUGAAAUAAGCUGGAUUUAAAUGUUCUUAACUUUGUGGCUGUAUCAUGCCCCCAGUUUUCAAUUUUCAAAGAAAGAACUUUUUUUCUAGAGAGGAAAUCCCUCCUUCUGUCCUGUAUCACUUUUAUGGAUGCUGAUAAUGUUUAGAAUGUGUGUGUUCCUGACAUUCACAAAAAGAAAGCCUUAUACUUCGGCAUAUUUUCCUUUUGCAGACAGCUCUUGCAUCCAUAAAAAUAUGUUCAGCCCAUAAAGGUAGUCUAGUGGCACUUGCUAAGCUCCCAGAAACGUUUGUCCUCUGUGUCUCAUUGGCCAAUUCAUUCAUGCAUACAUUAUUUAAUAGUUUGUAGCAGAAUGUAUGUACUAGCUGCCUUGAAAAGUGUAGCUUUUGAGGUAGUCAUGUCGGUUAUGAAAGCUGCAUCUGUGGUAUUUGAUACUUGAUAGUUAUCUGGUGGCUUACAUAUGUGUGUAAACUUGCCCCAUAAACUUCUUAUUACUAAAGUUUUAGUGAAGCUGUUUCCCUGGAGUCCUGCUUUGCUUUGUGUGCGGAUAAACCUUUCAAUAGAUAUUUGGUUUGACCUCAGUAGGGCAGAAAUGUGCACCAUGAUGCAUACAUUAACUGUUAAAGCAGGGCAGGCCCAAAUAAUAGCUACUGAAUACUGUCACAUACAUGUCCAUAACCUUUCACUUUUGUGUGCAACUUUUUUUUAAAGGGACUACCACCAUGCAACAUUUAUCUGUUAUUUCCCCGUAUGAAAAUUGGUUGCAAGCUGAUGUUAAAUCCAGCUGGAAUUUUGUAGAACAAAAGCAUGUACAAGGUUUAAACCAGUGAAAAAAUGGUAUAUAUAAAAACUAAGGGCCCAAUCAAGCUGAAGCUAAGUGCUUACAGAUGUAAUCCUAUGUCCACUUACCUGGAAGCAAGUCUUACUGAACUCACCACUAGGAUUGUGUUGUUGCUGGUUUCAGUUGGAAAAAUGUAAGCACAUGCUUAACUCUCAUUGAAACCUAUGGGAUUGGAAGACGUUUACUGGCUUUGGGGGAUGUUAGCAGCAAACCUAUACUGGAGUGAGUGGAUCUGUGUUGAAGACUGUAAGCUGACAAUCAACACACAGCUUCUCAUCAAUAAGGCAAUAAAAAUAAUAUGCCAGUCAGUGGAUAAUUUGCUUUAAUUUAAAUCAGAAUCAUGGUGGUUUUUAUUUUGUGUGUAGAGAAUAUAUUAUGUAUUUUCUAUACAUUUUGCUACAUUGCACUAUUAACCUGUUGAAUAUGUGGGUGUGGGCGCGUGUAUGGCACAGUCUUUAUUCAGAUGAAUUUUCUGAACUGGGAAGAUACAAAUAUGUUGUAUUCUGUGUGUGAACAAAUCAGAAUUUUAUGUAGGAAAAGCUAAAAAUAUUUACAAUGUGCCUUAAAAACCUAAUUUCACAAAGAGCUGGUGCCUUUUGAUGAUUCUGCAGUGAUUUCCAGGAGGUCUAAGCUUUCUGUGCAAUAUUAAGUGACUAUUUUGCUUGGGAAAUGUCUUUAUAAAUACAUUUAAAUGACUAGAUUGUUCAAGGACCAUUAAACAAUGAAUUGUAGGACUUUGAUGAACAGUAUCAAAAAUGUAUAUUUAACACGGUUGCAUAUUACAAACAGAGAUACAAAAUAA